CACGCGCACUUGCACCAGGAGCCGAGAGCUGCAGUUUGCAAUCAUCCCGGGUAACCUACUGCCAAAUGGCGUCUAUCGUCCGGGAAAGAGUGAUAGCAAGAUUGCACCAGAGGCAGGUGGAGGAGACGGAGAGAAGAGCCAGGGACCAGAUUCUUACCACCAGAUUCGACGAGCCCCUCCCCCUCUCCCCGUCUCCCACCCCCUCCACAUCCUCCCACCCUCACAACCCCACUCAACAACCCUCACGAGAAGGGCGUGGCACCUCUCUGAGGUGGAGACUGUUGUCACGGCGACUCCCCGAGGCUGUUGAGAGGAAUGUGGAGGAGCAGUCUUAUCAGUUCUUCACUGGAACAGCGGAGGACCUGGAAAUGCCUGUCCGUAUCACUAGACAGGGAGGGAGGGAAGAGGGAGAAGUGAGAGGAGGAGGUACGGAGGUGGUAGAGGAAGAAGGAGAGAGAGAGGGAGCUGCUAGAGAUGACGAGAGGGAAGGAGAAGGAGACGGUACGGAAGAAGAUGAGGAUGUGGUGGAGGGAGAAAGUGGCGAUGCUGUGCAUUCUUCUGGACCAGACCUAGAGGAACCAACAGAAGAGGGAACUGAACCAGCAGAAGAGGGAACUGAGGAGUCUCCCGAUGAGAGCAGCCAGCAAGUCCCAGAAACUGACACCGAGGACUCUGCCUUACUCAGAGGCCGUGGAGCCUCACGUCAGUUGCUUCGCCCGCCGACCACGAUUUACGUCCCUCACCGAGUCCGACUGGAGAGAGAAGACGGUGUCUACUUCACUCCGUCGUCUGGCCCCCCGGGGACCGCCGUGGAGGAAAGGACUCCGUCGGGGAUGCCCCCUCGUUUCUGUGAAGACGAGGGCCUGUACGUGGGGCGCAGACCGAGAUUGAAGUGGACCAACCGUAUCAUAGUCGAGAAUAGACUGCUGCAUAGAUACGACAAGGGCAGGGGUUUGUUUGGAGAAGACGGUGUUGUGCUGGCUCUACCUGAUCCACUCCAGGAGUCACCUCUCAGACCUCCCAUCCUGGCCCAUGACCCCACCAGACACAUCUCUUGCUCACCCCACCAUGCUAAACAGAAAAGAGCCACCAACAGGAAGAUGAUUCCACAAGGUUCAGGAAGCUAUCAGCUGGAUUUAACCCUGUCCUCGCUGCAUUUCUCCCACCACCCUCUGUUCUCGCUGGAGCAUGUGAUGUGUGCCGGUCUCAGUAGAAGCUGCGAUGACUACCACUUGCUCAUGGACCACACCACCUCAGACUACCUCCUCCAAAAGCUCUAUGCCUUGAAGACUGCAUCAGUGGAUCUGCAACAGUCACUGGAACACUUGGAUGGUGGGAGCUCAGAGGAGGUGGAGGCCCGGCUAAACCUGAGGAGGUACACUCGAGAGGUGAGGAGCCUGAGGAGGCAGUGGAGGGAGAGAGAGGCCUCCAAACACAGACUUCUCCUCUCCAUUCUCAGGAUGUGGGGUUUGCUGAAGAGUGUUAGGGACAGACAGGGCUACUCCUCAACCUCUCUCUCCAUCACCUUCAGACGGCAAGCAGUGGACGGGGAAGAGGAGAUGGGUCUGAGAGAGAGGGAGAUAGGGGAGGAGGUAGAGGAGGAGAGAGAGUGGUACCAUAUGGAGGAGCUGCCGCAGAGAGAGACGGUGUAUCAGACACAGUUGGCCCAGUGGAGGAGGGCCCUCAAGAAGAUGAGGAAGCAGCAGAGAUCCCGGGAGAGUGAGAAUGGCGGUGAGGAGGAGGAAGGAGAGAAUGAAGAGGGAGGAAAGAGAGAGGGAGAGGGAGAAGAUGAGGAGGAGGAAGAGGAAGAAGGAGGAGAAGAAACUCCGGGAUCAGUGGUUGGCUCACACGCCAGUCUAGCCGCAGACUCCGUUAUUCCUCAAUGUCCGCGUCCGGACCCGCCAGCCCCAUUUGACCCAGAGGGGGUCCACCUCUCUCUGGUCCAGUUCUACCAGCAGUUCACCAGAGCUCCCGGUGACCCCAUUCUACUGCCACUGGUCCAAGACUCAAACCCUGUCUCCCAGAGCCCCUCUAGAGGUGAGCAGAUGAGGAGGGGAGAGGUGUCUCGGGCCAGACUCAAGAUUAGAGUCUUCUACAACGACAGACUAGUCUACACUACACAGGAAACCUCCAUUGGUAGUGACUUUUCCGUCCAUUUCGAUGAGACAUUCCACAUUCAGAUAGUCCACUGGCCACGCACCAUCAAACUUCAGGUACAUGUGUAUCAGAUGUGUGUAUAUUGUACCUUACACACUUGACCUAUUGUAU